UGAUUGUGUCGUGAGAUCUGCAGGUGGUAGAAAGAACGUGCAUACGGCCCACAGUUUAGAAACACAGAUGUCAGAGGUCCUCCGGCACAACCAGUGCUUUAAAAAAGAGCAGCCAGAAAGAAGAAUCCCCGUCGUUUUGGAAAUCUCGAAAUAUACGAUCUACAGGAAGUACAUUGGAGCAUUUAUUGUCCGUUCUACGACACUUCCCAUAUCGUCGGCCGACACCUAUAUACUGCGUCUCGACAAGCAUCGUGUUUUGAUCUGCCAUAAUCUCUAGAUACCCACUCUGUAUCUAACCCUCGUUGGAAAAGCCCAUCUCAAUCCAACAUCCCAACACGAUGACAACCACUCCACGCACAAGCAAGCUCGCGGCUUCCAAACUGGACGAGGCCGGGUUCACGAAACACCAUGUCAAAGCGGUCGUCGUGGCGGGUGUCGGGUUCUUGGCUGAUCAGUAUGAUCUUUUCAUCAUAAACCUCAUCGUCCCAAUGAUCGGCUACGUCUACUUCUCCUCCAACCACUCCACCAUCCCGGACACCCAAAAAUCCCUCCUCACCUCCGCCGUCAACUUCGGCGCCGUCAUCGGGCAAUUCUCAUUCGGGUUCCUCGCCGACAAAUUCGGCCGGAAACGCAUGUAUGGGACCGAGUUGAUGAUCAUCAUCGUCGGAACGCUUGCCGGAACGAUCGCGGGCGAGAGUCCGUAUUUGAGCGUUGUCGCGACGUUGGGCAUGUGUCGGUUUGUGCAGGGGGUCGGGAUCGGGGCUGAUUAUCCCAUGUCGGCGACGAUCGCGGCGGAGUUUGCCAACAUCAAAAACCGCGGGAUGAUGAUGGCCGCCGUCUUCUCGAUGCAAGGGUUCGGACUUCUCUUCGGCGUCAUCGUCGCCCUGAUCGUUCUGCCCGCGUUUCAUUCCGCUAUCGAGAGUGAUGUCAAGGCGCUGGACCACGUCUGGCGCAUACUCCUCGUCGUAGGCCUCCUCCCGGCCUUCCUCGCCCUCUACUCCCGCCUCACCAUCCCGGAAUCCCCGCGCUACACGACCGACAUCUCCGGCGACAAGGCGCAGGCGAUGAAAGACGCCAACAAGUUUUUGCAGCAUGAGGAGACGGUUGUGGAACUUACCGGCCAUGGGGAUGAUGAUGCGGCGACGGAGGUGGUCGAGACCCCGAAGAAGUAUGACCACUCCUGGGCGAAUCUCAAACGGUUUUUUGGGGUGUGGAGGAAUGCGAAGUUGUUAUUUGGGACGAGUGCGAGUUGGUUUUUGAUUGAUGUGGCCCUCUACGGCCUCGGCCUCAACAACAGCAUCAUCCUGUCCAAGAUCGGGUUCGCGUCCGGGGAUAAUGUGUAUGAUUCUAUGCUCAAGAUCGUGUUGGGGAACCUCAUCAUCGCCCUCCUGGGGAAUCUGCCGGGCUACUUCGUCGCGGCGGCUACGAUAGAUAAAAUCGGCCGGAGGAGGUUGCAGUUGAUCGGGUUCAGCGCUCUGACCGUCUUCUACGCGAUAAUAGCCAUCUUCUACCAUCAGAUCCUCGCCACCUCCACAACCCUCUUCAUCGUCCUCUACACACUCGCCCAAUUCUUCAUCAACUUCGGGCCCAACGUCACGACGUUCAUCGUACCCGGGGAAUGUUUCCCGACCGAGUGGAGGGCGACUGCCCACGGCAUCUCCGCCGCGUGUGGCAAAAUUGGCGCGUUCAUCGCGAGUUAUGGGUUCACGCCCGUGACGGCUGCGAUCGGGGUCAACGGGACGAUCGGAGUGCUGGCAGGCGCGAUGUUUUUGGGCGCGGUGGUGACGUGGUGGGCGGUGCCGGAGACGAAGGGGACGGAGCUGGGUGGGGGGGAGAGCGGGGGUGUUGUUUGAGGGGGGGUCAUAUACGGUGUGAUGG